AUUGGGGUCCCACAUGUGGGAUGUGGCCCGAGUGUUUUGUGAAGAGGGGACGACAAAUGACUCUUGGAGUCAGUAGAAAAACACUAAUUUCCUCUCCCAGUCUCCCAGGAACAACUCUUAGUCGUGAGAAAGUAUUUUAAAAAGUCCUCAGAACCUGAGCUGGGCGAAGCAGCGCUUGAAGGCUCGGAGUUGGAGAACAGCUAUUAAAGGGUGUUGUUUAAGCACCCUCCUCCCUGCCCUUGGUUUGGGGUGAGAGAAUCCUCCUCCGGCGGUGCUGGCAAGCUGUGCGUUCUGGCCUCCAUGGGGCUACAUUUUACACUCUUGCUGGCAGCUCUUGCCAACUGCCUGUGUCCAGCAAGGCUCUGCAUCAUAUGUGACCCGUUUGUGGUGGCUGCAAUAAAGACUUUGGAGCAGAAUUACCUGCCUACCCACCUGGCGCCCGAGCAUCACGAAGAUGUAAUGAAGAGGGUAGAGCAGGAAGUGAGGAACUUCGCUGAUCUGCCCUUGAAUCAGAAUACCUUUCUGGGGGUUGUAGAUGAGGACACACUGGAACAAGCAUCCUGGAGUUUUCUGAAGGAUCUGAAACGUAUCACGGACAGUGACGUAAAAGGAGAGCUCUUUGUAAAGGAGCUAUUUUGGAUGCUUCGUUUGCAAAAGGACAUCUUUGCCACCCUUGUUGCACGUUUCCAAAAGGAAGUUUAUUGUCCUAACCAAUGUGGCACGAUGUCGCAGACUCUGAUCUGGUGUAAUAAGUGUGAGAAGCAGAUGCACUUCUGUCGGAAAUCCAUGGAUUGUGGAGAGCGCCAGAUAGAGGUGCAUCGCUUGGAAGACAUGGUCUUGGACUGCCAGCUCAGUUGGCAUCACGCUUCUGAGGGACUUACGGAUUACAGUUUCUACAGGGUUUGGGGGAACAGUUCUGAGACCUUGAUGUCCAAGGGAAAAGAACCUUACCUGACCAAGACGAUGGUGGGUCCAGAGGAUGCUGGCAACUACCGCUGUGAGCUGGACACCGUCAACGCUGGUCCCGCCACCAUCAUCUACUACCAUGUCACAGUAUUGCCCCCAAGGUCUGUAGAGGAAAAACCACCGCCGAACAUCGUAACCCAGGAGGAGGAAGAGACCCCUGUCCAGGUGAUUGUACCGACGCUGGAGCCAGAGCCGGAGCCAGAGCCCAUACCUACAGUUACCCAUCGUCCAGAAAAAAAAUUGAAAAGCCGCCUCUUAAUACUGUUGAUCCUUGGCUUCGUGGUUCUUGUGGCCAGCGUCAUUGCCUCGGUACUUCACUUUAGAAAAACCAGAGUUAAAUCGAAGAACUCAAAUGUGGAAAACAAAACCUCUGCGGCAGAAUUCAAGUCAGAGGCGGAAUCACCCCAAAAGAUGGGAUCGAGGAAGCUCUCUCAGGCAGAGUUUCACACUGACUCUUCGGAUAAGGUUGAGGAAGCAGAUAACUAAUAAAGAUUUGAUGUGUUGUCUCAGUA